GAGAUGAUCAGAUGGAUAUAAUGUAUGCAACAUGAAUGCAAGAGAGAUGGCGAACUUGAAGGCAUGAAUAAGAAGGCUUAGGCUGGAGUUUGCCAUGUGAUAUUUGGAGUGUUGGUUGCAUCCUCGUUGAGCUAUGCUCGGGGGAGACAUUGUUUCAGACACAUGAGAACCUGGAACACCUAGCAAUGAUGGAGAGGGUUUUGGGACCCAUACCAGAGAGCACAUGAUACGGAAGGCUAGGUUCAUACCAUUGUCUUUGUGCAUGGAUGUAAGUUCCAGAUCUGGAUGUAAAUUUCAGAUAUGUGAUACCUGGAGGGCGGAUCUUGUACGCCGUUGAAGCUGGCGCCACGUCCUGGACCUGUCCAGCGUCAGGUCCAGAAGGGGAUCCGCGCCGGCGCAAUGGAUACCGGCGGUUUUGAUCCGCGCCGGAUCCUCGAAGCGCUCAACGGGGAGUCGUGCCGCGGACCAGCGCCGGAGCAAUGGAGGGAUGGCGGUGAAGGACCGAUGGGCGGCGGCGGGCGAAGGAGGGCACUCGCAAGAUCCAGACGAGACCUCGCUCGAGGGCACGAGUACUCGUUCGAGACCAAUGCCGUUUUUUUUUCGCUGAUUAAUCUUCGACGGUCUGUGGCCAACGGUUUUUUAGGUUUUUUUUGCGUUCAUCUCAGAUGAUAAGAAUGGGAGGUUGUGCAGGUGCGGGACUCCAUCGUAGGUUUUUUUUGGGUUUUCCACGGUUGGGAGGGAGGUGGGAAGUAGUAUCAAAGAGGUAUCAAAAUAGACCGGGGUAGGUGGGACGAAAAUAAACCCGGAACGCGACCUACCAACUGAGACAUUAGGAGUAGAGAAAGGUUUUUGACACUUAGCUCGGAUUGGGCCCACCAUACACGUGCCAGUUGGGUCCCAACACGAGCUCCUUUGGCGCACCCCCGUGGACCCACCUGUCAGUUGCACUGACCGCGCUUCUCCCACGCCCCCCACCUACAUCCCCAAAACAAUAUCCCCAAAAACAUGUUUCUCAGGAAAACCAAUCGUACUUGUUGAAACCCUAGCGCCAUCUCGCCGCCGGCGAUGUCCGCUUGACGGACGCGCCGCCGAGAAAGCACCAAACUCCUCCGAGCCCUCCCCUCUCUCUGAUCCGUCGCCCGCCCGCGGGAUCCGGAUCGUCUUCAGCCAUGUCAAAGGCCAGGGUCUACGCCGACGUUAACGUGGUGCGCCCCAAGGAGUACUGGGAUUAUGAGGCCCUCGCCGUCCAGUGGGGUGAGCAGGAUGACUAUGAAGUUGUGAGGAAAGUUGGAAGGGGCAAAUACAGUGAAGUCUUUGAAGGUAUCAACGUCAACAAUAAUGAGAAAUGUGUUAUUAAGAUCCUGAAGCCUGUGAAGAAGAAGAAGGUAACUUAUCUGUGCCUUAUAUGGUCACGGUUUAACUAUGAUUUUAGUUUUUUCACGUUUGUCAUGCUUAUCCAGAUCAAAAGAGAGAUCAAAAUACUACAGAAUCUCUGUGGAGGUCCAAAUAUUGUGAAGCUGCUUGAUAUUGUCAGGGAUCAGCAUUCAAAAACACCAAGCUUGAUCUUUGAAUACAUCAAUAACACAGAUUUCAAAGUGCUAUAUCCGACACUGACAGAUUAUGACAUUCGCUAUUAUAUCUAUGAGUUACUGAAGGCUUUGGAUUACUGCCAUUCACAAGGCAUUAUGCACCGAGAUGUGAAGCCUCACAAUGUUAUGAUAGAUCAUGAGCUUCGAAAACUCCGGUUAAUAGACUGGGGCCUUGCUGAAUUCUACCAUCCUGGAAAGGAGUAUAACGUUCGUGUUGCAUCAAGGUACUUCAAGGGACCUGAGCUUCUUGUUGACUUACAAGAUUACGACUACUCUUUGGACAUGUGGAGUCUUGGCUGCAUGUUUGCUGGAAUGAUAUUCCGCAAGGAACCAUUUUUCUAUGGCCAUGACAACCAUGAUCAACUUGUUAAAAUUGCAAAGGUACUUGGAACAGAUGGGCUAAAUGCUUAUUUGAACAAGUACAGAAUUGAGCUUGACCCUCAGCUUGAAGCCCUUGUUGGAAGGCACAGCAGAAAACCCUGGUCGAAGUUUAUCAAUGCAGACAACCAGCAUCUAGUAUCCCCUGAGGCCAUAGAUUUCCUUGAUAAGCUUCUGCAGUAUGAUCACCAGGAUAGGCUCACUGCACGUGAAGCUAUGGCACAUCCAUACUUCCUCCAGGUGAGGGCUGCCGAAAACAGCAGGACUCGUGUGCAAUAGCAAUAGCAAGACUGUUGCUGACAUUGAACGAGCAGCGCUUGAUGAAGCGCAUCCUUGUAGUGACUUUGUCAUGUAUUAUGACUCGAUAAUGGUUGGGUCAGCUGGGAAAGGUAAGAGCCUGUGUGGUGUGUGCCUCUCAUCGACGAGGCGGAAAAGAACUGUGAUUUGCUCCUGUUGUUUGUGUAUGGAAACCAGAUUGAUUGAAACUUCGCAACACACUUUUCAUGUAACGUGUUUGGUAACAUUGUACGAUUCUGCUUGUAAAGAAUAUCAUUGGUAAAUUGCUUUGGAUUCAAAAUUCUGUUUGGUCA